CGAGCACUGCUAAAGGAUGGCAGCAAUCGCCACACCGCUGUGUGCGCAGGUGUUCCUUUUGAUCGUGAUACAAAAUAUCAAAUUCAGCUAUGGAUCGCUAUAUGCUACCACCGCUGAUCUGGAUGAAAGACUGAGUGAGGCUUUCUUGCCAAACGUUCGAGAAGCAAUCGAUGACUGUCAUCUGAGGUACUACAGGCUAGGAGAGGGUCCGGAACCUAAGCCAGCCUUCGGUAGGCCAGCUUAUUUGCGCGAGUUUGCGCACAUGGCAGCGGUUGGAUGGACUGGAAGCGAUGGUAAAAUCCGUUGGGACUGCGGCGGAUCGCUGAUAUGGGAGAACUACGUACUUACUGCAGCUCAUUGUGUGGCGGAUGAUGACAACAUUCCGCCCGAUGUGGUUCGCCUUGGAGAUAUCAACCUAUACGACGACACAGACGAUCAGUACGCACAGCAGCUAAAGAUCGUCGAAAUUGUACGUCAUCCUGAGCAUCGCUUUAGCUCGCGCUACCAUGAUCUUGCCCUGCUGCGGCUAGAAAAGAACGUCACCUUGCAUGACACGGUAGCACCGGGAUGCUUGUGGAAUGAUGAGAAGGAAAUACCUUUCCCUACGAUGGAAGCCACUGGUUGGGGAGCAACUGGGUUCGGUGAGCAGUCCACACCGAUCCUUCUGAAAGUAUCACUCGGAGUAGUCAAAUCGGAAGAAUGUAACAAGUACUAUAAAGUCGGCGAUCGUGGAUUGAAGCAAGGACUCAUGAACUACCAGUUAUGUGCCGGUGACGUCAAAAUGGAUACUUGUCCCGGAGACUCAGGAGGUCCACUGCAGAUGAAGCUACUGCACAAUGGCAAGAUGACUCCAUUCAUUGUGGCCGUUACUUCUUUUGGGAGCGUAUGCGGUCAAUCGAAUCCUGGGGUUUACAUGAAGGUAGCUCCUUACAUUCCCUGGAUAAGCGCAGAGCUUGCAAAACGUGGAGAGAUCAUUAGAGAUUGGAGUUUCAAGCCAUAUGCCUGUGCAUUACGUUACGUCUACCUCAGAGAGUAUGAAGACGAUGUCGUUGUAAGUAAAUCGGGUGGUUUUGAAAAUCUCGAUUCAAGCAAGGCACACAUGAGCAUAUUUGACUCUACGCAAACCGUUUCGAUUCACUGGCCAGCUGGAAGCCCGUCGGUACCCUCAAACUGUAACGGUGUUGUGAUUGAUGAGGAUACCAUAGUUACACUGGCCCGUUGUGCCAUCGCUGGAAGGAUUCAACCUUCGCACAUCAUGCUCAGGAACACCAGGAACGACAUUGUCCGUGUUCAUCGGCAUCCGGGUUACAAACCAAACUCCUUCUACAAUGAUAUCGCCAUUUUAAAGGUGAAGGAUCGGUUUACAUUCUCACAAGAUUUCGUACCGGCAUGUAUUUGGAGUGCGUAUAACCUACCCGAUCCUCAGUUCUACGUUACCGGGCAUGGUCGCAUUGAUUUGAAUAAAUUCGAUUCUUACUCCAACGCCCAGCUGGAAAUAAACCCAACAAUCGUUCAGCUGUCUCCUAGAGCCAAUAUCGUGAUCAACGACACUUGUACAUUACCAGAGGAGUACUCUAAUGGACUUAGCCGUGGUGUAACAACUGAGCAUCUGUGUUUCCGAAAUAAACCUUUCUUGGUUCCGGAAUCGUGUGAAAUGCUAUACGGAGCACCACUGAGGCGAAACAUUUGGCGUUUAGGACGUCAUUUCGAGCACAUAUAUGCGCUGAAUCUACUUGGCAAAGACUGUGGUUUCGGCCGAGCGGCACUUGGAACCCGAUUAGGUUAUCACUCCGAAUGGCUCAAGUCGGUGCUGCUACCAAAUUACCGCGAUGAAUCGGACUCAGUGCAGUUCUUUAAUACGGAUUUGAACGAUUUUGAUCAGUGCACGGGAGCAGACGGAAAUACGGGACUGUGUGUUAACGUAAACCGAUGUCCUAAGAUACGCUACGAUGUGCAAGCGAAACGUAACGUUCAGUUCUGCAAUGGUGGUACGAUCGUGUGCUGUCCUUAUGAUAACAUACGAAAUGAAACUAGCACCAGCAUGAGCGCUUCAGAGUUGGAUGAUUGUGAAAGCCGCUACAAACAGUUCCACGAAAUGUAUGAACCAUAUCAAUCGGAUCGAAUUGAUCACUUUUAUCAUACGGUAUACUUUGGCUGGAAAACCAAGGAUGGCACAACGGAAUGGAUAUGCUCUGGUACACUGAUCACACGAAGUGUUGUUAUAACAUCCGCUUAUUGUUUGCUGGCAGACGGCGACCUACCAAUACUAGUGAAUGUAGCCGAGGGUAAUCCCAAUGCCACCUGGUCGCGCCCAAAUCCAGUCGGCAUCAAGGAAGUGAUCAUUCAUCCGGGUUACAAUGCAACCACCCUUCAGUACGAUAUUGGAUUGGUGCGCUUGGUGCAACCAAUCGUUCCAACAGCUCGCAAAUACCCGAUCUGUUUGUGGCAGAACGAGACGCACACACCACUGGUGCUGUACCGAAUGGUAGACAAUGAUGACUAUGUGAGUAGGUUUGAGCUAAACUUCCCAAAGUACAACUCCGAUUGUAGACAAGACCUACGGCAUCUUGGUAGACGUGAGCUUCAGUCUAAUGAUCUGUGCACCGACGUCGAUGGUAUACCAGGACGUAGCAUUUCCGGAGAUCCGCUCAUCUGGUACCAUAGAAAUCCGAAUGACAACUCUUCAACCCAGUAUCUGGUGGGCAUUAUUAGCUCUGCUUUAUCGGCUCAGCGGCUUGGAAUACACGUUAGAAUCUCAUCGUAUAUCGGCUGGAUUAAGAGUAUUCAGUUGUCAGUAGUAAUUCCGCUACUGUUCUUUUUGCUGUUCUUUAGUGGAAAGACAAUCAAAGCUCAGCCGCAAGGUUAUUUUGGAUUACACAGCAACAUUAACGAACAUUACAAGAGCAAUAUUAAGCCUGUCGGAACGAAAUUGUUCGCUGUAUCUCUACUCAUUAUCUCGUAUUCUGGCUAUGGUGAGCUAGACGCCAUCGAAUCGGGCCUCCAUGAAGACCUGAGUGAGGCUUUCUUGCCAAACAUUCGAGAAGCGAUUGAUGACUGUCAUCUGAGGUACUAUAAACUCGGAGAGGGUCCGGAACCUAAGCCAGUCUUCGGUAGGCCAGCUUAUUUGCGCGAGUUUGCGCACAUGGCAGCGAUUGGAUGGACUGGAAGCGAUGGUAAAAUCCGUUGGGACUGCGGCGGAUCGCUGAUUUGGGAGAACUAUGUACUUACUGCAGCUCAUUGUGUGGCGGAUGAUGACAACAUUCCGCCCGAUGUGGUUCGCCUUGGAGAUAUCAACCUAUACGACGACACGGACGAUCAAUACGCACAGCAGCUAAAGAUCGUCGAAAUUGUACGUCAUCCUGAGCAUCGCUUUAGCUCGCGCUACCAUGAUCUUGCCCUGCUGCGGCUAGAAAAGAACGUCACCUUGCAUGACACGGUAGCACCGGGAUGCUUGUGGAAUGAUGAGAAGGAAAUACCUUUCCCUACGAUGGAAGCCACUGGUUGGGGAGCAACUGGGUUCGGUGAGCAGUCCACACCGAUCCUUCUGAAAGUAUCACUCGGAGUAGUCAAAUCGGAAGAAUGUAAUAAGCACUAUAAGGUAGGCGAUCGCAAACUGAAGCAAGGACUUAUGAACUACCAUUUGUGUGCCGGUGACGUCAAAAUGGAUACUUGUCCCGGAGACUCAGGAGGACCACUGCAGAUGAAGUUACUGCACAAUGGCAAGAUGACUCCAUUCGUUGUGGCCGUUACUUCGUUUGGAAGCAUAUGCGGUCAAUCAAUUCCAGGUGUUUACAUGAAGGUAGCUCCUUAUAUUCCCUGGAUAAGCGCAGAGCUUGCAAAACGUGGCGAGAUUAUAAGAGAUUGGAGUUUCAAGCCGUAUGCCUGUGCAUUACGUUACGUCCGCCUCAGAGAAUAUGAAGAUGAAAUCGUAACAAAAGUAUCAGGUGGCAUGGAAGGUGUGAACCCCGGCAAUGCGCAUAUGAACAUAAUCAAUUCCACCCAAACCGUGUCGAUUCACUGGCCAGCUGGAAGCCCGUCGGUACCCUCAAACUGUAAUGGGGUGGUGAUUGAUGAGGAUACUAUAGUUACACUGGCCCGUUGUGCCAUCGCUGGAAGAAAUCAACCUUCGCACAUCAUGCUCAGGAACACCCGGAACGACAUUGUCCGUGUUCAUCGGCAUCCGGCUUACAAAUCAAACUCCUUCUACAAUGAUAUCGCCAUUUUAAAGCUGAAGGAUCGGUUUAUAUUUUCUAAAUUGGAAGACUUCGUACCAGCGUGUAUUUGGAGCGCGUAUAAGCUACCUAAACCACAAUUCUACGUUACUGGCCACGGUCGCAUUGAUUUGAAUAUAUUCGAUUAUGACUUCGCCCCCAAACUCAAAAUUGACCCAACAAUCGUUCAGCUGUCGCCUAGAGCCAAUAUCGUGAUCAACGACACUUGUACAUUACCAGAGGAGUACUCUAAUGGACUUAGCCGUGGUGUAACAACUGAGCAUCUGUGUUUCCGAAAUAAACCCUUCUUGGUUCCGGAAUCGUGUGAAAUGCUAUACGGAGCACCAUUGAGGCGAAACAUUUGGCGUUUAGGACGUCAUUUCGAGCACAUAUAUGCGCUGAAUCUACUUGGCAAAGACUGUGGUUUCGGCCGAGCGGCACUUGGGACCCGAUUAGGUUAUCACUCCGAAUGGCUCAAGUCGGUGCUGCUACCGAAUUAUCGUGAAAAGAUGGACUCGGUCCCGCUGCUAAAUAAGAAACUGGGUAACCUAGCCCAUUGCACGGGAACAGAUGGAAGUACCGGGCUGUGCGUUAACAUAAACCGAUGUCCAAAGGUACGGUAUGAUGUGCAAGCGCAUCGAAAAAUUCAGUUCUGCAAUGGCAAAGAUGUUGUGUGCUGUCCUUAUGAUAACAUACGAAAUGAAACCAGUACCAGCAUGGCGGCCUCUGAGUUGGAUGAUUGUGAGAGCCGCUACAAACAGUUCCACGAAAUGUAUGAAUCAUAUCAACCGGAUCGAAUUGAUCACUUUUAUCAUACGGUAUACCUCGGCUGGAAGACCAAGGAUGGCUCAACGGAAUGGAUAUGCUCUGGUACACUGAUCACACGAAGUAUCGUCGUAUCAUCUGCUUACUGCCUGAUGGCCAACGGCAAUUUCCCCACUCUAGUAAAUGUAGCCGAGGGUAAUCCCAAUGCCACCUGGUCACGCCCAAAGCCAGUCGGCAUCAAGGAAGUGAUCAUUCAUCCGGGUUACAAUGCAACAACCCUUCAGUACGAUAUUGGCCUGGUGCGCUUGGUGCAACCAAUCGUUCCAACAGCCCGCAAAUACCCGAUCUGUUUGUGGCAGAACGAGACGCACACACCACUGGUGCUGUACCGAAUGGUGGCAGAUGAUGGUGAACUCAACACUCUUUCCUCAACAGAAACAAUGUGCAACUUUGAAUUAAACUUCCCAAAGUAUAACUCUGACUGUAGUCAAGAGCUACGACAACUUGGUAGACGUGAUCUUCAGUCGAACGAACUGUGCACCGACAUCGAUGGCACCCCACAACGCAGCAUUUCCGGAGGCCCACUCGUCUGGUAUCAUAGAAACCCACAGGAUAACUCCACGACACAGUACCUGCUGGGCAUUGUGAUAUCUGAUGUGCCGGCCAAAGAACUGGGAAUACACGUUAGAAUAUCAUCCUUUAUUGGAUGGAUCAAGAGUAUUGUAUAA